AUUUAAAUUUAUAACAACAGUAAUUAAAUUUUUUGAUACACGCUUAUAUUAUUACAGACCUGAUAUCAUUAUACUAUCAUAAAUGAAACUAUUUAAUACGUAAGAAUCGCUGUUGCAAUAAUUAUUAUUAUAAAUACACGGCGUAAUUAAUAAAGACUAAUAUAUUCGUGAUAUAAUUUAAUUUAAUUAUAUAUAAUUUAAUUCGUGAUUUGUAAUUUGUAAUUCGAUCUUGAUUGUUCGGAACUUUUCUGCCACAGAAAUUGAACAUUACAUAUGUUGUUCAAUAAACAUCGUAACAACGUUCACGAAAAACGAAUAGAGCAAAAAGGAAGUUCAUGCUUGCGAAAUAUGUAUGUAUCACGUUGAAAAUCUGAGAGAGCGUUCCGCAAGUUCCUAGGAAAAGGGCCUUCGAAAGUAACGAUACGAUCCUGGGUAUAAUGCUUGCCCUCCCCUCCCCUCGCUGCCGAUCGCCGCACACUACAGAUUGAGGUGUGGCCAUCGAGGGCUGCCAUCUUCUUGACUUUCUGUCGCUUAACAUUUCAGAAUUCAUGGCAGCCAUUAGGAAGAAAUUAGUUAUCGUGGGUGAUGGUGCUUGUGGUAAAACAUGCUUACUCAUAGUCUUCAGUAAAGAUCAGUUUCCUGAAGUUUAUGUACCUACAGUGUUUGAAAACUAUGUUGCAGAUAUUGAAGUUGAUGGAAAACAGGUUGAAUUGGCUCUUUGGGACACAGCUGGACAAGAAGAUUAUGAUAGGUUGCGUCCAUUGUCAUAUCCUGAUACAGAUGUAAUCCUAAUGUGUUUCUCUAUCGAUAGUCCCGACUCCUUGGAGAAUAUUCCUGAGAAGUGGACACCAGAAGUGAAACACUUUUGCCCAAAUGUGCCCAUCAUUCUUGUUGGAAAUAAAAAAGACUUGCGCAAUGAUCCUAAUACCAUCAAAGAGCUUAGCAAAAUGAAACAGGAACCAGUUAAACCAGAAGAAGGUAGAGCUAUGGCUGAAAAAAUCAAUGCUUUCGCUUAUCUUGAAUGUUCUGCUAAGAGUAAGGAAGGUAAAGAAAAAGAAGAAAGGAAGAUGUUGGCUCUUAUAAUUUAUGAAACUGUUGAGACAAGACUAAUGGAAUUGCUAGUUGCAAUGAAGCUAGUUGUUAUGCCAGAGGCCCUCAGCGGAAACUAUAAUAUAACAACAACAACUUAUCUUUAAUUAUUUUACACAAUGAAACAAAUCUAUAAAAAAAAGAAAAACAACCACAAAAUACGCCCACAAUAUAUACAAUAUAUGCAAAUUAAAAUCCGUUGCAAAGUUUGCAAGUGUUCUUUUAUAAUAAUUUGCGAAGAAUGUACUGUUAAUUAUGAUUGUAUCAGUUAAUCCUUUAUGGACUCUCUCUAAUGUUGCAAUAACUGCGAUCGUGUUUUAAAUGAAAUAAAUUACUAAGAAUUUGUACAAACAUUGCUGCAGUUUUUAUAAAGAUAUUCUAUGAGUUGCGACAUAUAUCAAUAUAUUAACUGUUAUCUUAGAAGUUACUUAUCGUUUUGGUCCUUAUCAGAAUAGAAUGGCUUUCAAAUAUUAUUGUACAAACAUUAUUAAGACUGAGUUUUCGGUAAUAUGCUUUAAUGAAAUAAGAAAGAAAAAAAAAUGAAUAAACUCAUAAUCUUUUUAAUAAAAAAAAGUUAAAUAUUGUUACGUGCACAAAGUUGUGAGAUAAGAUUCAAAAAUUUGAAUUUCUAUGUUUGACAAGGAUUAAAAUACAUCACAGUAUCUAUUAGAUUCAUUAUUAUCUCCGUAAAAAAAGCGAUAAACAAGCUAUUUUGUUGCUUCACAUAUUUGGUCCAUAUAGGAUUAAAAUUGUACAUAAAAUGUCAUCAUUCUUGAAAUAGAUAAGAUAUACCUUCAUGAAUGUCCCGUGAUUUUUUUUAAGCAUUUCUCUGUCUAUUUCAUGAUAUGAAAUAACAAUAGAAAUACGAAUCGCUUUAUCUCAUUUUCUUACAAGAAAAAAAAAAAAUAUAUAUAU